AUUCACGAGUCGCAGCGACGGGGUCUCUGUUUUGCGUGUUUUGAUGCCGAACAUCGAGCACCUGCCUACAUAUGCUCGGCUCAUGAGUUCAAGCUCAUCAUCAAGAACGACAAGAUGCCUCUACCGAGAUGGGACACGAUAGGGUCGACCGUGAAAGACUACUCCAAAGUAAUGACUCGACGAGGACGAGUAUGGAGCAAGGAGAAUCCUCAACCUACCCACGGGUGGCAAGGCCAACCUCUGAAAACGCACAUCUACGCCUUCUCACUCCUACUACUUUUCGGUGCCAUUCCGCUCACAUUGUUCUUUAUUCUGGCCUAUGAUCCGUGGGCGCCCAAAACUUUGUAUUGCACGGGCCAAACCUCUGAUUUCUCCUUUGGUGAAACUAUGAAUGGAUCCGCUAUCCAGGGUAUCUUUAUCAUUGAUGCGCUGGGUCCUGAUCAGAUGACCUUUGCAACGGCGAAAUUCGUCGACGUCGUUUGGGAUCUCUGCGUUGGUCGUGGUGCGCAGGCGCUGUCCUGGUUUAUCUCAUACGUUGUGUUUAGCAAGGCGCUCAUCCACGCCAUCGAGGUUGCUCCUAUUCCGUUUCGAAGCUUCACCAGCGUCGCGAUUGAUGGAAGCAGUCUCAUGACGUUCUGGACCUUGUUGGUCGAUAUCCGCCGGCAAAAAAGCAAGCGUAUGGUGGCCCUGUUUAUCUAUCUCAUCAUAUCGAUCGGAUGGAUGCUUGCUAUGCCUACCCUUCUGAGUGCCAUGACGGGCUAUGUCAGCAGCAAUCAGAUGUAUCUGAGUGUGGACUCGAGUCUGAUCGACAUGGCUGAAGUCCACGCGGGCCAAAUCAUUGAGGAUGGAGAGAGGGUCGGUCUUAGCAAUGGGACUUGUGUCCCGGACUCAGACAUUGAUUUGUCGCUUGUCCCCGGUAUGAACAUCAUGGUGAACAGUCGCCGACUGGCCUGUCCGUGUGAAUUCCCGAACGGCACUGUCGUCGAUAGUCCAAGAUACGGUGGAGACUAUGUUCCGAAUGCCUUGCUUGUGAAUUGUACCUACAACACUACCACGACAGACCGCACAUUUCCAUCUACGAACUACACUGACAACUCCUACACAGAAUUACCUUGCACCUCAAACUUCACCAUCAAACUAAACAACGAAUGGCACAACAUCGGCCGCAACCCCCUCAACCUAACACGCGGCGGCUGUUUCCGCAACCAAAGCAUGCCCACCGCAGACAUCGACACCAACUCGCGCUGCCUCCCCAGCGGCGACAACGCAAAAUACUACUGGGGCUUCUCCAGCAUGCUCGGCGCAAUCGUCGUCAUCCUGCAGUUCGUCUGGGCCUUCACCAUGUACGCCCUCUGGUUCGAAUCGAUGGUAUUUAGCACGCUCGUCAAGCAGGGUAUGAAGCUCUCGCAGCUUCGCGGUGCGUUCGCGGUUACUGCGGCAGCGCAGGAGAGGCUUGAGAUGGGCGCGGAGGAGAUGGUGGGGAUGCCGGAGGGGGAUCUCAAGAGGCUGGGUGCGAGGGAGAGUGUUGUGGAGCGCAGACAUCUGCGUGGAGAAGGGGAGGGGGAGGCGCUGAGGAGGAAACGAUCGACGCCGGAUUGCGAUAGUGAUUGAGCGAGGCUUGUUCUAGGAAUUCCACACUCCAGGCUGCACGAGACGUCGAGCAACGGAUUUCGAUGGUCUCAAGUACUGCGUACGCGCGAAGGUGUGGCAUGACUUGGCCU